GUUGCAGGUGGACGUUGCUCUUGCACGCGUGUGAGUCGCUGCAGCCAGCAGGAAGGGAAAGCACUGGCUCGAGGGUGGAAUUUGAAUGCAUUGUCUGGGAACGUGCUGUAACGGUUCGGGAAUACACUUCAACGGUUCUGAAAACCCAUCGGCAAGUCAUCUGACCUCUACGUUACUUUAAAAUAAUUAUUUAAAGUAUUUGAUUCAAAAUACAUAUUUUUCAAUACAUUGUAUUUGUUAAAUACAAUCUGGACUCGUUUAAAAGUGUAUGUAAGAAUUUAUCAAGAUAUGUAGCUAUUGAAUCUGUUCAGAAAUCUGUCAGAUUCGAUUCUAGAAUUUGUAGGUCUGAAAAGUCAAUUAAGAUUUGGAUGUGUUUUUAAAUUAUCUUUAAAUCCGUAAGAAACAAACACGAUUUAUUUGGUUUACUCGUUAAUGUCAUUCCGGAGCAGAACAUAUUAUCGUGUUUACAAGGUUACCGAUUUUACAUUUUAUAAAUGGAGACGCCAGGUGUUUUACGUCACGUCGAGUUGGACGAGGCACUUAUUACAAUUCCCAUCAACCCCAAUAACUUCCCCGCGAAACUUUGGCGACUGGUGAACAGCCCUGAAAAUCGAUCAAUUCGCUGGGAUUCGAGGGGGGAAGGGGUGAUUAUCGACCAGCAACUGUUUGAAUGCGAACUUUUGUCUCCCUUGAAACCAACGGGGGAACCAGUCGAUCUUUUCAAGACCACCAACUUUACCAGUUUCAUUCGACAGUUAAACCUCUAUGGAUUCAGAAAGGUUGUACUGGGCUCCGGCGGGAGCGCCGGCAAUAUUAACCCCGGAGGAGACCUCGUUGUGGCGGAAGGAAUCCUUCAUCACUUCCAUAACCCCCAUUUUAAGAAGGACCACCCAGAACUGCUGGUUAAUUUGAAGAGGUUGACCAGCGCCAACAAAGCAAAGCUAGAAGCUGGACUGGAAGUGACUUGCAGACCUCCCAAUCGUUUGCGGAGACUCCUUACUAAUUCAGUUGACCCAGUGGAAAAAGUGAAAAUGGAGAAUCAUGGUUCAGUGAGUGCUGCACAGAUCCAUCGAGCGUUUCACAGGGAGAGUGCAGCUCCCUACCCAUGCAACCCUGGCAGUUUAUACCCCAUGAAAGGUCUUGAUCGGACCCCGAUUCCACAGCGCGGCUGGCCCAGCUCCAUAGGGCUCAUCAUGGGGCAGAUGGAUGGCUCUUCACCCUUCUCGGAUAAGGGGAUCCCUGUUUCUGUUCUACAGAGGUUCCCCACAGACGUUACCUGUGCUUUGCAGUCCAGUCCCACCACUGUGCACAUGCAGCAGGGCUCCCAAGGGGUGGGACCUUCUGGGCAGAAAUUUGGCAAUUAUAUGACUUCCACAGCACAGUUCCGUCCAGCCUAUUACCCUGCAGCAAUGUGUCAGUGCUGCUCUCCUGGUUCUGUGGACCCUAUGACAGGAUGUGCUCACCAAAAUACUUCUACCCUCCCCCAUUACAACUACUAUCAGCCCUCCUAUCCAGUGGAAUUCCUGUACCCUGGCAAUCAAAACUGGCCAUCAGUCUCCAAUGAAGACAACAAGAAGACAGAUGUCAACCUGGAAACUGUCUUUCAGAUGGUAAACGAGUUGCAAGCUUCCCCCAAGCCCUGUAUGGUUAAAGUGGAGCCCACUGAAAGCCAGCUACAGAUAGCACAGCCCACAGUGGAACAGCAGCUCCCAGGGAACAGCUUCUCAGCUGUGAGCGCUACUGCCAAGGCUACAUCUGCCCAGCUGGGCUCCCUCACUCCAGUCAUCUCUGAUGUUUCAUCCUUAGUUGUGGAUGCUGCCCAGAAGUUGACCUGUUCUGAGAACCAGAUUGCUGGUUUCAUCUAUCCAGUUUCCACAACCUUGCUCCCACGUGCAAUGCCAAUUCUAGAUAAUACAGCAGUCCCUGUUGUGCAGAAUCAAAGCCAGGGUCAAGCUUGUUCAGGGUCUGUGGCAGUCACACAGCUGGACAUAUCUCAGAAGGUUCUCAACAACACAGAGAAUGUAGCCCGCUGGUCUGAAACUGCUGCAGAUAUUUUGUCAGGUACUCAACCCCCCAAAGCUGGUCAGAAUGACACCGACUCAUCCACUCCUGCCACACCCAGCGCGUGCAAGAGCAGCAGACAGCAGAGCAAGUCUCCUGAUCUUAACCUCCUGGUUGAUGUGGCCUGUAAGCAAGAGCCCUGUCAGGGGGAGGAGGAAGAGGGCUAUGUGUGGACUGAUCCCGCUGCCCAGUCUCAACACUACAGCCCUGUAGACACAAGCACAGAAUAACCACACUACACUACUGAUAUUGAAGCGCCAAGCACUGCCUUUGUCACUUUUCACACGAGGUCUGGAUUCAGAAGGCUUUAAGCAUGGCUUUUGGCACAGAGCUUGAUUUGUUAAAACUUACAUGUAUGGGAACUGGGGGACCUGUAAAAUAAUCUUAGCUACUUGGGCAUCUACCAUGAUAAUGAGAGAGAACUUCAUGAGCUGUGAGGUUUUUAAUGCAAAAUAUAUUUUUUUGCAAGUCAUCCACAGGUGCAAAAGUACUGGAAAGUUGUUAAGAUUUAGCACACUGCUAAAUCCUGUCUUCUUUUUUUUGUAUAGCAAGCAUAGCUAUGAAACCCAGCUUCUAAUUUAGUUUUUAUUGAAAUACAUUUAUAGUGACAAGGACAACUGUAUACAGCAUUCAGUACAUUAAAAAGACAAUCCAAAUGUGCUUACCGUUUAUAUAUUCAUAGUUCUAAUUUAUUGAAGUAUUUAAUCAAAUACAUGAACAUAAGAUGUGUUAUUUGUUAUUUAAAUUGAAAUAAUUUAGAGUUUGGUGACAACUUUUAUUUGUAAAUGUCAUUUGUUUUAGUCUAUAUUUUAAUUGCAUUCAAUUGAAUUGUACAUGUGUGUGGUACCAGUAACACAUUUUUUACUAAAAUAAUUUACUGUACACAGGAAACCAUCCGGGACCAAUUUGUGUGCACUGGUUUUGAAGGUCUUAAUCAGCCAGAUGGUCUUUCAAUAAUUUACUCACAAGUGGCUCAUUUUAAAAGAAUGAUUACAAAUAUUAUUCCUUGUUUGCAUAUUUCCUGAUCUUGUACCUAUGAGUCAACAAUGCCAAUGGAUGAAUUAUUUUUACUUGCAGCUUUAGCAAAGCUUACAGAGCCCUGGUUUGUAUCUUUUGCAGUAGAUCACUUUCUCUCUGCGUUCUUCCUACUUAGAUACACAAACCGGUGAUUUGAAGUGAUGAGAGAAGUGACAGAAUAAGAUGGAAGUUUUACCUACAGAUUUAGAAACGCCAUUAGUAAACUGCUUUAUAGUCUCAAAUACAAAUUUGAUCCAAUGUUCCCCUCAUCCAUAUGGUAAAACUGACCCCACGACAUUGAUUUUACAGUAUGUUAGCAUGGAAUACCAUAAUAUGGUAUGGUCAAGUGUGUGUUGUAAAGUAACUGUCAGUAGCUUAAUGAGUAAUCCCACUAGGUAGAAUUCUACAUUAUAAAAAGGUUUCUAGGACUUCUAAAGUUUGAAUGAGUUGGUUAAUGACAAGGAAUAAUAACAUUUUUGUAAAUACUAGCCAGAACUGAAUUAAAAGGAAGAAUGGUGCGAUGCAAUGUGCAGAUCCUUUUUGUUAUUAUUUUAUAAUUAACAAGUCACCCUUAUAAUUGGAGGUUAUUAAAAAAAUAUCCCUUUGUACUAUUGCCAUUCAUAAAAGAAGGGAUUCAAAUAACAUGUAAUUUUCCAGUAAUUUAUAAUCCUAACUCUUAAAUUAUUUUUUAUUUGAUGCUUUUUUUUUUACAUACUCAGUAGCCUGUUUUUACCAAUGUUGCACUGUUUUACUGUGUAAG